AUGUGCUGGAACGAAGAGGUUUGUCAUGGCCUCAAAGAAGCUCUUAAAGCCAUCUCUGUUUCGCCUAUUGGAGUCUACGUUAUUGCCAGUACUCUUGGCUCUUUGGAAUCCCUCCUUGUUUAUUUGGAUUCGGUCGAGAUUCCGGUAAAUAUCUAUCAUUGUUCAUGCUUUUGUACUUACUAUUAG